UUCUUGUUUACAUUUUAUGUAAGGUUGACCUUGAUGACCCCCUCAGCUACCUCCAGUGAUGAAUCAAAAUCGUGUGGGCAGAACACUCCCUUUAUCUCAAAACUGGAUUUCCAUAUUUUUUUAAAAACUAUUGGCUGUUAGUUUCGGAAAUUUUAAUCCGUUUUUCUUACGUAAUACUGGAUAAUUUUUAGUAGCCUACCUUAUUCGGCCUUUUCAGUCUACUUUGGUUGGAAAUUAGUGUAACAUUCUUCUGUAAAUGUCAAAAGUCAAAGCUACUGAAUUUCCGCAUAGUCUUAUUAAUUCUAUAUCGUUCAUAAAACAAAACUGUGUAAGUUUAUUGAAUAUUGAUAGUUUUAAUUCUCAAAUAUUACCAAAGAUAGACCCAAAAUCAAGUCCAACUACUUCUAGUAUUUCAGCAGAACAGUGUACUCUGCAAAAACCUUUGCCUCAGAAUUUAAAGAGGCAAGUGGUUGCAGUUAAAAUGGCUGAUAUGUUUGUUCCUAGUCCAGGGUUAUAUAAUGUUACUAGUCCUCAUUCAUCAAUUUAUGAUAUGGACAGACCUGAUCAAAGUGCAUGUUGUGUUCCCACAUCUUAUUCAAACCCAAGUGACUCUAUUUUUUCUGAUGAAAUAGGCCUGGACGACAAACUAGAAGACAGUAACUUACAAAAUUACCUUACUCCAGAUGUAAUCAAUUCUCUUCAAGCUGCACAAGGAAUCAAUAACCCUUUAAACUUUUGGUCUGUAAAAAUGGAAAGUGUUCCUGUAGCAGAACUUAUUGACAAUUUGGACACCAAUCCAACACUGACUCAGCUGAACAUGGAACCAGAAAUGUCCUUCGUCAGUGACAUUUUGAAUUUGGACCAAGACGACAGCAAAAUGAGCUAUUCCUUGGAUUAUUUGUGUAGUGAUGUAACCAGUAGUCUCAUUGGUCAGUGCAAUUUGAACACUAUGUCAGUGAACUCUUUAGAAUCACCUUCAAAUUCAAUACCUUACACAACAAAAUUAACUUCACUGGACCCAGUGAAACUGAGUAAAGAAGGACAGAAACCACUGGCUCGUGUUGAACAGGAAUAUGUGAAAAGCACCAGUCAAAACAACAAAAGUAAUUUCCCUCCACGAGCCCAGCAGCCUACUCUCAUCGGUGUUGUGUCACCUGUAAAAAACAAUGAGGAUGACAGCGUGAGACAAUCCCAUACACUUCAAGAACUCUUGACCAAGAAGACUCUCAUUAAAACUGAACCAGAUUCAAACAGUUCAAGUGAUAAAACCGCUCAGAUUGUGCCAUUUUUAAACAUACUGAAAAUGAAAGGAGUGUGUCAGGUUAAAGAAGAACCUUUAUCUCCCCAAUCCAACAUUGUGGUAAAAGAUGAAUCCACUGAGGAAAAAUGGAAAGACAUUCAAAAAUUCAUACACAGUCCAGAACAGGAUAGUCCUGUCAGAAAAAGACGGCGCUAUGACUCUGGGAGUUCAAGCCAUAUUUCAGAGGAUGAUGAUGAAGAUGAUGACAGAGAUAAUGAUGACUCUGACUACGAUGAUGUUGAUUCAGAUAUUGAUGCAGACAUUGCCCAGAUUUCUCCAAAAGACUGCGAAUCUCUGGUGGCUACGGGUAAAAAACAGAAACAGUUCUUUUGGCAAUACAAUGUCCAGUCUAAAGGUCCUAAGGGGACUAGACUUAAGCUUGCUGUGGAGUCACCAGCUGACCCUCAUGUGUUGAAUGACUUUGAAGAUCCAGUUUUUGAUGAGUGUAACACAACUAUUGCUGGUAUCAGACAUGGAGGCAAAGCCAGAAAAGGGGAUGGCAAUGAGAUUACCCCAAACCCUAAAAAACUCUUUAUGAUUGGUCAUCAGUUGAUGAAGCUCAAUCGUCAAAUCAUGGCUUGUCAGUUGGGAGCUGAUGUGCCAACAGCCAAAAGAAAUGAAUCUCGUAAAGAAAAGAACAAACUGGCAUCCAGGGCUUGCAGGCUAAAAAAGAAGGCUCAGCAUGAAGCAAACAAAAUAAAACUCUAUGGUCUUGAACAGGAGCAUGGCCAGCUCAACUCAGUGCUUCACUAUCUCUGGCCUUACAUUCAAGAAAGAGCUAAAUGUAUUCUAGAACAAAGCAAACUUUCUUUGACCUCACCAUCUAAGUCUUUAACUAGCAUGUUGGAAGCUGCUAUUGCCCAGUCCAUCAAAGACAGAAUAGCUGGCAAUACUACAGACUAUGUUAACUCAGUUAUUUUGAAAGUUGAAAGUGGAGAUCAAAAUGGAGGCCUCACAAUCAAGAAAAGUCGCAAAUCAUAGUCGAGAACUCAGCACUAUAAAAAAAAAAAAUACCAGUCAAGAAAUGGGCUUUACUAAAUGAAUGUAUGUCUUCAAUUAAGACAUCCUGAACUUGCAUGGCACUCCAUAUUGCAUUCAGAAACAUUCUUUUACUUACUUAUGAAAAAAAACAUUUAAUUCUUGCAGUUUAAUUUUGAAACUCCCUAUGAAUGAAAAAUGCUUGACCUUUAAUUUUUUUAUUGCAAAGAUUUAUCAUAAUUUACAAAAUUUGUAUCAACAUAAUUUUUUUUUAAAGUGUUUUAAAAUAAUUUUAGUUUAAAUCAAUUAGGAAAAGGUUUAGUUUAUUUUGGGUCUCUUAAUAAGCUGUAUUAUUGCCUUGGGCAAGGCUAUUGUUACUGUACAUUUUUUGGUUUUCUAUUUUAAUUUAGAUCUGGUAUAUUUUUUUCUUCAGGGGGAAAAAAUGUAUAUUAAAAUAUAAAACUAUAGUUUUAUAGUGGUUUUGAUUUGUUACAAAUAAAAAAAAUGAAUACAAUAAUCAUUUAUGUUUUGAAACAAAACUUCUCCACAGUAAGAAAUCCUUUAAGAAAUAUAACUGUCAUAUUCCAUUCCUUUUUUUUUCCAUAUGUUUUAUGUGCAUAAAAAACUGUGUAUACAUCCUCUUGACAUAUGCAUUUUGUAUAUAAUAUGUACACCAUGUAUGUAAAUAUAGAAUUUUAUAUGUAUUACUGAUAAGCUUUACAUAUCAGUUCUGCUUUAAAAGUAGAAACCUUUGUAAUAUUUUUUUUCUUUUUAAAAAGAGUUGGGGAAAAUCUAUUGCAAGAUAUUACUUGAGGAUUGUUUUUAACAAAAAAUCUUGCCUCAUGAUUCAAUAAUAUUUUGUAAUAUGAAACUUAACAAAUAACGUUAAUUAUCUUGCUAUAGUGUUUAAUUUUUUAUUUUUUUUUUAGAUCAUUACAAAUGUCUAAGUAUUACUUUUUUUUAUAUUAAACUAUUUGCUGUUUACAUUUUUUUCUACUCUGUGACCAGUAUUAUUAGAGCGUAAAAGUUGUACACGUUCUUUUGUGUAAUAUUUCUGUUUGGACAAAUUAAUUUUUUACUACAUUUUCUUAUUGAAAAAUUAGGAACAGUUAGGCUAUGUUUUGGAGGAAAUAUUUGUAUGUUUCGUUUAUAUGAUCAUUAUAAAAAAUUAGGUGCGAUGCAUUUAGUCACUGUAAUUUUGGUGAUAAUGGAUUACGUUGCAGGCUUUUUAUUAUCUUGUGUUUUAUAUGCAACUAUAUAAAUACAUGUGACUCAAAAAUUGUCUUUAAAGUAAUAGAUUUUUUUUUUCAUCUUUCAUAGUUUACUUAUAUUGUACAUUUGCUUACAUCAACUGCUGUAAAUAUUCAAUGCUGUACUUGUACAAAUCUCAAAUGCUUUUGUUUUAAAGAAAUUAAAAAUGCAUACUUGAUUAAUUGUUAAUGAAAAAAGAACCGAUUGUGAUAUUAAUUUGUUGAUGUUACCACAGUUUCAUCUAAAUGAAUAAAAUGUAAAACCAUU